GGGCUCUCACUGUGUAUACUACCAGUGAAUCAAACACCGCGUAAGGCGGUUUGGGACUAAACCACUAGAGCAGAUGUUCUGCCUGCCUGUGAGGUGAGCUCGACUCAUUCCGAAAUAAACACCAACCUCUCGUCUGACCACUCUCUCCCUCACCAACUUUCAAUCAUCCUCAUUUUGCUCUCCAAAUUGAUCAAAGCAUUCUCGUUACAUCUUUCUCUCUCCAUCACGUCCGACUCAAAACGUCGCGAUGCCCAAGUCAACCGUUGACGAGCAGCACAUCUUCAUGUAUCACAUCCUUAACGGAGUGAACGACAAGACCAUCAAUUGGGACCCCGUCUGCAAGGCCACCAACUUGAACAAGAAGGCCGCUAGCAUGAGAUGGAUCCGUCUCAAGGGAAAGAUCGAAGACGCUCUGAAGGAAAACGAGACUGAAAGCGCCGACAACAUCGCCGCAAAGUCUGGCAAUGGUAACGGCAACGCUGAAGUCAAGGCUGAAGCCGAAAAAGCUCCUGGCAAGGCUAUGCCCAAGAUGGGUGUUUUCAAGCCCCGUCGUUCCAAGAACCGCAAUAGAGACGAUCAGACCGACAACGAAGACGCCAACAAGGGUGUUUCUGAGGCUACUGCCGAGAAGUAG